AUGGACAUUUUUGCCUGGUGCCAUGCCUUCGCUUUCUCACCAGCUAUCAACGAUGCUUUAGCACUGGCACAAAUGCCUCUUCAUCAUCAACAAUCUACCACCCAUUGUGAGUUAAUUGGGAAAAGCACACAGAACGGAGAAAGCAACCGUAAAAAAACAUUUAAACGAAUGUACAAUGAAAUCCUGCAGAAAGCAGAAUUCCGGGCUAGGAAAUUUUUUGCAGCAGUCAUUUAA